AUGGAUGAAGAUAGUCUAGCUCUCGUGUCUUCUCUGUAUGGCAAAGGUACUAUAUUUUGCUGGCUAUUGACUAUUCUGGCCUGUCUCGUCACUUGGACAUGCAACAAGCGCAAACGAAAAUCGGAUUCUCUGAACGCCGACUUCAUCGGAAUCCUGACACUUCCAGCCGUUGCUGCUGGACAUACCAUCUAUCAAGCACGAUACCUAAAAAGCCACGCCCUCUUGGAUGCCAACCCCAACACCGUCAUUCAACUUUCACGAGCAAUAGAAGCCUCACUUACGGUCACCGAAACAUUCAUGAUCUUGAGCGUCCUGCUCUUUCUCUUGGCUUUCCCUGCCCGUUGCUACAAGCGCGCCAUCUCGACAGCUCUAAUCGGUCUCCUCUGCUUGGCCACAGAAUAUGUGGUCUAUAGUCAUUUGACAAGCUCACCCAACCAGCAAUUGAGGUCUAUUAGAGCCAACUUCACACGAUCAUUUGUCGCCGAUACCACGAUCAUCAUUGCUGUGAUCCUUUUCCUUAUACUUGCCUGCAUCUUUAUCGCCUUUUGUUUAGCGUGGUAUGUCUUGCUCAACAACCAUGUUCGGACCAGCGGUACGGAGGCAGUGGAUACGGCAACGAUUGAAAGAGCGACGAGGGACCUUGACAGGUUUCGUACCUCAGAAUCCAUUUUGAGCGAAAUAGCGUCCCAUCAAGGAGCACAGCUUUCUAGAUUCUCUAGACAGGAUCGUUUCAUGUAUCUGAGCGUACUCAUCUCCCUCGUAUAUUUGCCUGCUGGCUCCAUAUUCUCGAUCAUGGGCAUGGCCAUGGGACCACGCGGCUUGAGCGCUGGCAAGCCUGAGUCUUCAAGCUGGUGGUCUGGGUUUAGAUAUGUCGCUAAACGGUUCUUUGCGGCUUUCUUCCCCAAAACCACAGCCGGGCUCUCAGACUUAGAUCAAGCUGUUGCUGUGGCUGCUGGAUGUGUAAUUUUGACUUUGUCCCUGUGGGAUGUUGGGAAGAAAUGGCUUUCACAAUGGAAAAACGAGCGCGAAUCACGACUGCGGGAACAGCAAAGGGAGUAUAUUAGGCUGGAAGAGCUCCGGAGAAGACUUGCCGUGCUAGUGCAGGAGACGCAAUGA